AUGCAUACUCUCAACAGCGACGUUUAUCUGGCUCAGCUCGACCGCCUCCAUGCAGCCAUCCAAGCCAAGACCCCGCAAAAAGAACCACAUCGUCUUCCAUCACGUCAACGGCAAGCCCCAUGUCGAGCAUCGAGUGAUCGAAUCGAUCGAAGAGAAGGGUUGGCAUUUGCUCCCACACCCGCCAUACUCUCCCACGGAAGCUCCCUCGGACUACCACAUCAACCGCUCAUUGAAAAACUGGAUGGUGAAUAA